GGGCGGGCGGCAGCAGCCGGCUGCCGUUCCGGGGCCGGGCAGCUAGAGAGCAGUGCAGGGAGCGGAAUCCGGCCCGAGGAGCCCGUGCGCGGCGGCGGAGCUGCUCCCUUCCUGUCGGGGGCGGCUCUGGGCCCGAGGCCGUGAGAGGAGCCGAGCGGCGGCGGAGGCCCGGGCCGGCUCCCGUCCGCUGCUCCCCUCCUUCUCCCAUGGCGGAGACUAAGAUCAUUUACCACAUAGACGAGGAGGAGACUCCGUACCUGGUGAAGCUGCCGGUGCCGCCGGAGAAAGUCACUCUGGCCGAUUUCAAGAAUGUGCUCAGCAACCGGCCCGUGCACAGCUACAAGUUCUUCUUCAAGUCCAUGGACCAGGAUUUCGGGGUGGUAAAGGAGGAGAUCUCAGAUGACAACGCAAAGCUCCCUUGCUUCAACGGAAGAGUGGUGUCCUGGCUGGUCCUGGCUGAAAGCUCCCACUCUGACACAGGCUCCCAGUGCACCGAGAGCCACACAGACCUUCCUCCUCCCAUUGAGAGAACCGGCGGCAUUGGAGACUCCCGGCCUCCCUCUUUCCACCCCAAUGCUGCCAGCAGCCGGGAUGGCCUGGACAAUGAAACAGGAACAGAAUCAGUUAUCAGCCACCGACGAGAGAGGCAUCGGCGGAGAAACAGAGAAGGGCACGAGGAUGUCCCUCGGAUCAAUGGCCAUCCGAAACUGGACCGGCACCGUGAGCACCCUCCUGGCUAUGACAGCUCUUCGACCAUGAUGAGCAGUGAGCUGGAAUCCAGCAGCUUCAUUGACUCUGAUGAUGAUGACAACACAAGCAGGUUGAGUAGCUCCACUGAGCAAAGUACUUCAUCCCGGCUCAUCCGGAAGCAUAAACGCAGGAGGAGGAAACAAAGGAUGCGGCAGAUUGACAGGUCGUCUUCGUUCAGCAGCAUCACUGAUUCCACUAUGUCCCUAAACAUCAUCACUGUCACACUCAACAUGGAAAAGUACAACUUCCUGGGAAUCAGCAUUGUAGGACAGAGCAAUGACCGGGGUGAUGGUGGCAUAUACAUUGGCUCUAUUAUGAAAGGAGGGGCCGUGGCAGCCGAUGGCCGAAUUGAACCAGGAGACAUGCUUCUGCAGGUGAAUGAUGUCAAUUUUGAGAACAUGAGCAACGAUGAUGCAGUUCGGGUGUUACGGGAAAUAGUCUCCAAACCAGGACCUAUCAGCCUAACAGUAGCCAAAUGCUGGGACCCUACUCCCAGGAGUUAUUUCACCAUCCCCAGGGCUGAACCAGUGAGGCCAAUUGACCCUGCAGCGUGGAUCUCUCAUACCACAGCCAUGACGGGAGCGUACCCCCGUUACGGUAUGAGCCCCUCCAUGAGCAUCACCACAUCUACCAGCUCCUCACUAACAAGCUCAAUUCCCGAUUCGGAAAAGUUAGAAGAAUCUCCCUUAACUGUGAAGAGUGACAUGGCCACUAUUGUCAAGGUGAUGCAGCUACCAGACUCAGGCCUUGAAAUUCGGGACAGGAUGUGGUUGAAAAUUACCAUCUCCAAUGCAGUGAUAGGAGCAGAUGUGGUUGACUGGCUUUACACACACGUGGAAGGCUUCAAAGACCGACGGGAGGCACGCAAAUACGCCAGCAGCAUGUUAAAACACGGCUACCUCAGGCACACUGUGAACAAAAUCACCUUCUCAGAACAGUGCUAUUAUGUCUUUGGAGACCUCUGUGGCAAUAUGGCUGCACUGAACCUUAACAAUGGUUCCAGCGGAGCCUCGGAUCAGGAUACCCUUGCUCCACUUCCACAUCCUGCUGCUCCCUGGCCAUUAGGCCAAGGAUACCCCUAUCAGUAUCCUCUGCCCCCUCCCUGUUUUCCACCAGCGUACCAAGACCCAGGCUUUAGCUAUGGUAGUGGCAGCGCAGGGAGCCAGCAAAGUGAAGGAAGCAAAAGCAGCGGCUCGAACCGAAGCACCAGCGAGACCAGCAGGAGGGCUCUUGGCAGGGACAAGGACCGCAAGUCCAACGGCAGCGGCAGCGAGUCCGACCACACCGCGCGCAGCGGUGCCGGCAGCGUGCGGCGCGAGCGGCCCCUCAGCCAGCUCAGCCACCGGAGCCACGGCUCUGCCACCCACAGCGAGAGAAGCCACCACUCCUAUGGGCCUCCAGGAGUGCCACCCCUCUACAGCCUCCCCAAGCUGGGCUCCAAAGUCUAUGGGACGAGCGGUCCCCCCGGAGGGCCCCCCGUAAGGGAACUGAGCUCCGUGCCUCCGGAGCUGACGGGGAGCCGGCAGUCCUUCCAGAAGGCUAUGGGCAACCCUUGUGAAUUCUUUGUUGACAUCAUGUGAGAGGAAGUGCCUUCAGACUCUGCUUGGGGAAGGGCUUG